AUCUGGCCUGCGGACAGCAUGGCUCACCCGCUGCUGCUGUUUGUGCAGGUUCUGCCGUGGAUUUUGCAUGCAACGCCCACCCCGGUAUCAACGACCAACAUCACCGUGAUACAACCAUUGAUGCUUUGCGCGGGCCACGUUACAAGCAACAGCACAUUCAAGGGAUAUCGACCACGAGGUGUGACGUCACCAGCAGCCGAUCUACUUAAGGAACGACGCGACACCGACCAGAUCAGAGGGCACGGCAUCUGGCCUGCGGACAGCAUGGCUCACCCGCUGCUGCUGUUUGUGCAGGUUCUGCCGUGGAUUUUGCAUGCAACGCCCACCCCGGUAUCAACGACCAACAUCACCGUGAUACAACCAUUGAUGCUUUGCGCGGGCCACGUUACAAGCAACAGCACAUUCAAGGGAUAUCGACCACGAGGUGUGACGUCACCAGCAGCCGAUCUACUUAAGGAACGACGCGACACCGACCAGAUCAGAGGGCACGGCAUCUGGCCUGCGGACAGCAUGGCUCACCCGCUGCUGCUGUUUGUGCAGGUUGGUUCCUCAUCCACAGACUGCUGUUACCAUAGUGACAAUAGAUUUUUAGUUGUCCUGCCGUGCCCUGGUAGGCUUCAUUGCAUUGCUAUUGACUGUUGGUCCGUGCUGAUGCUGUUGAUGUCAGGAGACAUAGAAGAAAACCCCGGGCCUAAGACAGCUGAACUGUUACAGACGAUUAUUGAUAAUCAAGCCGCGUCUGACUGCCGGUUGACUAAUAUCAGCAAGGAUAUUGGUCAACUUAAUGAAAAGACUGAUAGACUGACUGAUUCCUUGGCAGUGAUACAAGAAUUGAACAAAAGAAUUGAAUAUCUUGAGGUAACAGUUCAGCAACAGGCCAGGAAACUGACUGAAUAUGAAAACUAUAGUCGUCGUAACAAUCUGCUGGUUUUUGGUGUUUCUGAAAAAAUCGGCGAUUCAGAAACGGAGUUAAAGGCAGCUGUCAUAGAUAAAAGUUUUCACGAUACGCUGGGAGUUGAAGUAAAAACCGUCGAAAAAAUUCAUCGUAUAGGGAAAAAGAACAAAGAACGACCUAGACCAAUUAUUAUGAAAUUUUAUGACAGCAGAGAAAAGCAACAAGUGCUAAAGAACUGCAAUAAACUGAAAGGACAAUCGGUUAGUGUAAGCAAUGAUUAUGCAAAGGAAACGGUAGCGGUGCGAAGGAAGUUGUGGGAAAGUGCCUCUGCUGAAAGGGCGCAGGGCAAGAAAGUCUUUUUGAUCGACGACAAGCUCAAAAUAAAUGACAAGUUAUACACAUGGGACAACGAGAAGAACGCACGCUCGCUCCUGAACUCCCGAGAUAAGUUCAAGCAACGCACUAGAAAAGCAGGCAACUCGCAUGAUGGCUCUGACACCUCGGAUAAUUCCGGCGAAUCAAUGCCUGAACUCACCCCGUCAUAGCUACGAAUCUUAUCUUUGAAUGCUCGUAGCCUUUUUAACAAAGUAACCGAAUUAGAAUAUGUAUUACUGACAGAAAGUCCACACGUACUCGUCGUAAGCGAAACAUGGCUAAACAACGGUGUGCCUAGUCACUGUAUGGUACCCCCAAAUUACCAGAUGUUCAGAUGGGACAGGGAUACUCGUGGUGGGGGUGUUGCAAUCAUUGUCAAAAGAUCUAUAGAUGCAGUAACGGUCGAGUGCACUUUGCCUGAAACAGUUUGGUGCAAAAUUACUUAUGCGAGUGUUACUUACCUUGUUGGUGCAGUGUAUAGGCCGCCUGCCACUUCACCAGAGUUUUUGGAUGACCUUAAUAUGUUCUUAUGCACUCACUUGAACCGUACCACCAGACUAAUAAUGACCGGAGAUUUUAAUUUGCCAAGCAUCAACUGGGACAGACUGAUACCUGGGAACGUUGAAAUUUCUAGUUCCGAAGCACUGCUGCAAAUAAUGUUUUCGCACAAUCUUAAACAAAUCGUGGAAGAAGACACGAGGGUAACACUCGAAUCCCGGUCACUUUUGGACUUGGUGUUUCUCUCGGGCAGAGUGGGUGACUAUACUGUGUCUGUUAAAGACGGGAUAUCUGACCAUAAAAUGGUUUCUGUGCUCAUUCCGAUCAGAACAAACACUCGUGGCCAACCCUUUGUACCUGUGCAAUUUAAGGCUUAUAGGCAGGCAGACGACACAUCCAUUCAAGAUUUUCUAGAAAUGUCAUAUAGUGAAUUCGAACUUGCCUGCGAUUGUGAACCAGUUGAAGAUCUAUGGCUACGUUUCAAGAAUAUCAUAAAACAUUGCGUUGACAGAUUCAUUCCAACUCGACAAAAGAAAAUAAAACCCCGUAACCCUUGGAUUAAUCGACCUAUUGUACACAUCAAGCGCAAGAUAAAGAGGCUGCGCAGGAGAAAAGACAGCUCAGCUGAGGUAUCGAAAUUACGAAAGAGUUUAAAAACGGCUCUGAUGGAAUCAAAAGAGCAAUUUUUUAAUAAAAAACUAUGUAGCUUCGUUAAAACGGCACCUCGGAAGUUUUGGCUUUACCUUAGUGGCAAUAAAGAGGAAAUAAAUAGAAUUCAAAUUAGAGACAACAUAGUAACAGAAAAAACAAAAAUAGCAGAUCAUUUCAAUAACUUUUUCCAGUCCGUUUUUUCUAAACCAAGCAAUGACGACUUUGACGCGUACCCGCCUUCCUCCCUCUCAUGUUCGAUGGAAGACCUGGUCGUGACUCAGGCCGGCGUGUUUAAUCAAUUGUUACUUUUGGAUUCUAAAAAGGCUAGCGGGCCGGAUGGGAUUCCAACCCAGUUUUUAAAGCGAUACGCUGAGUGGAUAUCAUUUUUCUUGACAAUAAUCUUUACAAAGUCCCUACACACUAACUCGUUGCCACAAGAUUGGCGGUGCGCAGUCGUAACACCUGUUUUUAAAAACGGCGACCGACUACUCGCAAAUAAUUAUCGCCCAAUUUCCCUGACAAGUAUCAGCUGUAAACUAUUAGAACAUAUCAUAAGUAAACAUAUACUAACUUUCCUCGAGGAUAACGCGUUCUUUUAUCAGUAUCAGCACGGAUUCCGAAGAGGGCUAUCUACCAUAACACAGCUCAUAGAAACGAUACAUGAUUUUAGUUCAGCCAUAGAUGCCCAAGAACAAAUAGAUGUCAUUUGCGUAGAUUUUGCAAAAGCAUUUGACAAGGUUCCACACAGUAAAUUACUUUUCAAGUUAUACAGAGCAGGAAUUAGCGAAACCAUUCUUAAGUGGAUUAAAGCCUAUUUGAACAAUCGCAGGCAGGUUGUGCAUGUGGAUGAUUGUUUUUCUUCUACACUAGAAGUACUUUCUGGCGUUCCUCAAGGAUCGGUUUUAGCUCCAUUACUGUUCCUAAUUUAUAUUAAUGAUAUUAACGAGGUUACCGAAUCUCCCGUAGAAUUGAAGCUUUUUGCAGACGACUGUUUAAUUUAUUCUCGAAUAACACAAGCUACCGACCAAAUUAGAAUAAACCGUGUCCUUCAUUCCUUGCAUCUUUGGUGCGAAAAAUGGGACAUGGAAAUUAAUUACACAAAAUCAACUUUUACGCAUAUAACUAAUAAGAAGACUGUGCAGCUAUUUUCUUAUAAUAUUGGAAAAAAUAAUCUAAAAAAAGUUGAUACCUUCAAGUAUUUAGGUGUUACAAUUGCACAUAAUCUGCAGUGGCAUAAACAUAUUAAUAAUGUGUGCUCGACAGCUUCCCAAAAACUUUACUUUCUGCGGAAGAAAUUGGAACAUGCAACAAAAGAUGUCAAGCUGAUAGCUUACAAAACAUUCAUCCGCCCAUCCUUGGAGUACGCUUGUGUUGUCUGGAGCCCGCACCAAAAAGUCCUAAAAGAUAAACUGGAACGAAUUCAAAGAAUGGCCGCUCGUUUUAUUUCGUCAAGAUACAGAAGAAGGGAUUCAGUGACGGAAAUGCUGAACUCAUGUGGGCUCGAGUCACUUGAAAAUCGAAGGAAAAAAUCAAGACUAAAGCUUUUAUUUCAAAUAAUUCAAGGGCACUUUAAGAUUAAAUCAAAUAGAUAUAUUCAGCCUCCGGGAAAACGGAGCGCGAGAACAAACCACACACGAUCCAUCAAGCCUUACGAGUCACGUGUUGAUGCUUUUCGUUUUUCUUUUUUUCCUGAUGUGAUCGAAAUUUGGAAUGGUUUGCCUGUUGAAGUUGUCGAGCAAUCGGACGUGCACAAGUUCGAACGUUCUAUCGACAUCUUUUGUCAGGAGCACCCAACUUGAUGAUUAUGAUAUAUGAAUUUUGUAUGUUGUGCAAAAUUGUACAUUGUUGUACAUUGUAUUCCCUCCCUGUAACGACCCUCAAGCGAGGGUCAACAGUAUC